AAGAGUCUCAGUCCUGAACAUGACGGCUCCUCUGCGCCUCCUCCUGCUCCUCCUGCGCCUCCUCAGCAUCAGUGUCUCCUCUGCAGCAGUCGACUCGGACAGAUCCCGUAUCGUCCAUCGCUGUCAAACCAUCUUCUGCUUUCACCUGUGGCGUCCUGAGAGCGGCGUCGACUUCGCGCUCAUCACAAACGGACAGAUGGAGGCACGUGACACGGAGGGGGAGGAGCCAGAGUGCAGCCUGCCAAUCACACCCUUCACCGUCUCGAACUUCUGUAGGCGGAGCCCGUGUGAAUCUGGACUAAACUGCGUUCAUUUCACACAGAUUCGAGUUAUUGAGACGUAUCCGGGACAGAGCGUGUCUUUCCAGUGCGUCCUGAUGAGUUCUUUGUUUCGCUCCAACUGCGUCACAAACUGGAACCGCCUCUUCACUCUGACGUGGGUCGACGAGAACGUGAACCCAGUCGAAGGAGGAUCUGAAUAUCGGCUAACGCAAACCUCGCCGUGUGACGUUAGCUUGACCGUUUCGCUCCAAAGCCCCAAAAAUGUAACGUUUCAUUGUUUAGCUAAAGCCAGAGAUCGAAGAUGGACGUCCCAGAAGAUCCAAGUCAGACUGUCACCUCCAAGAGGAAAAGGACGAGGAACCGUCAUCCAGCAACCAGAACCAGGAGACGGGGCUGUGAGGCCCUCGGCGGUGGGUCCGGCGGUCGGGGCGCUCGGGGGCGUGGUCAUUGUGGCGGCUGCAGCGUUUGUCCUGAACAGGAGACGAGCCGGACAUACACAAACACCAAACGAGUCGGCCACAACCGCCAACUGUGCGUUGGCGUCCGAGGCGGCGGGCUGUGAUUCAGAGGAGGUGGUCUACGCUGACGUGAUCCUCCCAGACUCCUCCCACAGAGCGUCAGCGUCUGUGUACGAGCCCACGGUCUACGCCAGUGUGCGCUGCUCUUAGCCCCUCCCAACCACAGACUGUUUAUGUAAACGGACAGAGCUAACCUGCUAGCGCCGCCGCGUCCCAAACAGGAAGUGAUCACGGGCGCACUUCCUGCUCCAUCAACUCACUUUACAUUGAAAAACUCGUCAUUCUGGUCUUAAAUGUUCGUAUUAACCCUCUACAUGAUCCUGGGGUUUCUAUUUUGAGUUGGGUUUUUUUUUCCUUUUUUUUUUUUUUUAGUUAUUUUCAGUUCUUUUUUCUUCUUUUUUUGUCAUUUUGAGGGUUUUUUGUGCUUUUUUUUUUGUUUUUGUUAUUUAGUUAUUUUGAGUAAAACAUUUUUUUAAUGUUUUGUUUAUUUUUUAACUUUUUUGUAAUUUUGAGAGUUUUUUUUUUGCUUUUUUGUUUUUUAGUUAUUUUUAGUUUUUUUGUUUUUAUUUAUUUAUUUUUAUGUUAUUUUGGGUUUGUUUUUUAACUUUUUGGGAUUUUUUUUAAGUUAUUUUGAGUAAUUUUUUUUUGUUUUGUUUAUUUUUUUUUUACUUUUUUUUGUAAUUUUGAGUAAUUUUUUUAUUUAUUUAUUUAUUUUUUGUUAUUUUGGGUUUGUUUGUUUCUUUUCUUUUUUUGUAUUUUUUAUUUUAUUUUUCGUUAUUUUGAGUAAAUUUUUUAUGUUUUGUUUAUUUUUUAACUUUUUUUAUAAUUUUGAGGUUUUUUUUGCUUUUUAGUUUUUUUUAGUUAUUUUGAGUAUUUUUUUUGUUUUUAUUUAUUUUUUGUUAUUUUGGGUUUGUUUGUUUUUUACUUUUUUGUAAUUUAAUUAUAUAUAUUUUUUAUUUAUUCUGAGUUUAUUUUUUGUUUUCUGUCUCCUCUCUCUGUCUCUGUCCUUCAGACUCAUUCUGGUCUUAAAUGUUCGUAUUAACCCUCUACAUGAUCCUGGGGUUUUUAUUUCACUAUUGUGUCUGUAAAUCAAGAUAUGAACAUUAAUAACAGACAAAUCAGGCGUUUUCUUUCCUGGACGUCGCUUCUUUCCACCUUCGUCGUUCAGGUUGUAUUUUUAAAUCCUCGGGUGUUGACUCGUUCAUCACAUGAACUUUGAACAUUUUACACAAAUAAACACUUUAAAUCUUCU